GUCCGCCGCCACCCUCCCUCCCUCCUCCUUCCCUCCCAUUCUUCCUCCUCUCCUCCCAUCCGCCUCUCCGACCCGCGGGACCCCGGCCCAGAUCCGCUAGCCAACGCGCUGCAGGACCCGCACGGCCUCGGCCUCGCCGCCCGCCGCCGCUGUCAGGGCUGCCGCGUGCACCGCCAGCUCAACGUCUCUCGCGAACCCUAUCCGCCUCGCUCUCUUCCCCCUUCUCCUCACACGUCAGCUGCGGGCGCGGACGAGCUUCCCCGGCGGCCGCGGCUCUCCCGCGUCCGUCCCGGCAGGGCGGGCGACCUGCAGCCAAAGGGUUAUGGCGGCGACGCUCGAUUCCCUGUAUGAGAGAGAGAGGAUGAGAGGGAGAGAGAGGAGGGAGAAAGAGAGAGAAAAGAGGAGAUGUAGGUGUGUUGGUUGGUGGGAGAGGGUCAUCGGCCGCUGGCGAGGUCGGGCGGGGCCUGGCGGUAGGCGGCGCCUCGAUUCGCUCCUGGAUCUGGAGCUACGAGGAGGCUCAGGCUCGGGCUAAUGCACGGGAGGCUGCUCCGCCUCUUCCUCGCUCAGUAAGAAGAGCAUGUGCAGCGAGACCAGUACACGAUGGCACAGACGGUGCUCGGCGUGCUCGUGCUGCGCGUGGACUCGCCCAUCUACUUCGCCAACUCCGGCUACCUGCGCGAGAGGAUCACCCGUUGGAUCGACGAUGAGAGGCGAACGGACCAACGACAAGGGCGAGACCGGCGUGCAGUAUGUCGUCCUUGACAUGGGUGCAGUUGGCAGCAUUGACACUAGCAGGACGAGCAUGCUGGACGAGCUCAAGAAGACCCUGAACAGGAGAGCAAUUCAGAUUGUGUUGGCGAACCCGGGGAGCGAGAUCAUGAAGAAGCUAGACAGCUCCAAGGUGCUGGAGCUCAUCGGCCACGAGUGGAUCUUCCCGACGGUGGGCGAGUCCGUGGCAGAGUGCGACUUCAUGCUGCACUCCCACAAACCGGGCAUGGUGGUUGACAAUGCCUUGCGCCGAGAACAUGGUCUGAUUAGGUAUGACCUGAGUUGAGUUGCCAAGCGGCAAUGCAAGCCGAUAUCUAUAUUUCAAGUCCAAGCUUUCAAUGUGUUUUCUGUCUUAAGAAGAGAUGAAGAAAACAAUGCCGACGUGUUGGUUGUGCUACUGAAUUUUGUACAAGUCCAAGCUUUCAAUGCGUUUUUUGUCUUAA